UUAUGGAACCAAUAGACAUAGGUGAGAAGCGUGAGUCAGUACACAGAGAGCUAAUUCCAAGGCAAAUAACUGUUGGUACUGGAGGUUCUCAGGUUAAAGGCAUGUCUGCAUCUCAUCACUAUAGGUAUUUGGCUAAACAGGAUGGAGUAGUCAUGAUCCAAGAAGAAGUAUCUCGUAAACAGAAAGAAUGUGAAGAUGACCUGAUGAAAGCUGAACCUGCUCUGGUGGCUUCUACUGCAGCUUUAAAUACACUUAAUAAGGCAAAUCUUUUGGAACUGAGAGCCUUCCCUAAUCCACCUAUUGCAGUAACAAAUGUUUUAGCUGCAGUAAUGGUCCUAUUGGCGAAUAAAGGAAAAAUAUCAAAAGAUCGGAGCUGGAAAGCUGCUAAACUUUUCAUGGGAAAGACAGAUGAAUUCUUGCAAGCUUUAAUUAACUAUGAUAAAGAGCACAUCCCAGAUAAUUGCCUGAAAGUGGUCAAGGAGCAUUACUUAAAAGACCAAGAAUUCAGCCCAAACCUAGUUCGCAUGAAGUCAUUUGCAGCAGCUGGUCUCUGCGCCUGGGUUAUCAACAUCAUAAAAUACUAUGAGGUAUACUGUGAUGUGGAGCCAAAACGUCAAGCACUGAGCCAAGCAAAUGCUGAACUUGCAGCUGCUACAGAGAAGCUGGAAGCCAUCAGGAAAAAACUUAGUGAACUGGAUCUCAAUCUGCGGAAACUCACAGCAUCAUUUGAAAAAGCAACAGCGGAGAAAGUUAGAUGUCAAGAAGAUGUCAGCCGAACCAACAAGACUAUUGAGUUAGCUAAUAGGCUCGUUAAAGGACUUGAGUCUGAAAAAGUUCGCUGGAACCACUCUAUUAAAGUAUUUGAAACACAAGAAAUAACAGUGUGUGGGGAUGUUCUAUUAACAGCAGCUUUUGUUUCAUACGUUGGACCCUUUACCAAACUAUAUCGUCAAGAGCUGGUACACCGUAUGUGGCUUCCUUUCCUGAAAUCACAAAAAAUUCCCAUUCCAAUCACUGAAGACAUAGACUUGGCUGCCAUAUUGACUGAGGAUGCAGUGAUUGCAGCAUGGAAUAAUGAAGGGCUGCCUAGUGAUAGAAUGUCCACAGAAAAUGCUGCUAUUUUUACAAACUGUGAACGCUGGCCACUGCUAAUAGAUCCCCAGCUACAAGGCAUCAAAUGGAUAAAGAAUAAAUAUGGAACUGACCUUAAAAUCACACAUCUAGGACAGAAGGGGUUCUUAAAAACUAUUGAAAGAGCUUUGACUUCUGGAGAUACAAUUCUUAUUGAAAACUUGGAUGAAACAGUGGACCCUCUACUUGAUCCCCUGCUUGGAAGAAACACAAUUAAAAAAGGAAAGUAUAUCAAGAUUGAAGACAAAGAAUGUGAAUUCAACAAGAAUUUCCGUCUCAUCCUUCACACUAAGCUGGCUAAUCCCCACUACAAACCAGAACUGCAAGCUCAGACCACUCUCAUUAAUUUCACAGUCACAGAGGAUGGGCUGGAGGACCAGCUGCUGGCUGAGGCUGUUAAUAUUGAACGUCCUGAUUUGGAGAAAGUUAAGUCUCUUUUGACAAAGCAACAGAAUGAAUUCAAGAUUCAGCUGAAGCACCUGGAGGAUGAUCUGCUAUUUCGUCUUUCAGCCGCAGAGGGCAAUUUCUUGGGAGACACUGAGCUGGUGGAGAAACUGGAGUCAACAAAGUCAACAGCUACAGAGAUAGAGCUCAGGGUAAAAGAAGCCAAAGAAAAUGAAGUUAAUAUCGAUGAAGCCAGAGAGCACUACCGGCCAGCAGCUGCAAGAGCAUCUCUUCUUUACUUUGUAAUUCAUGAUCUGAACAAAAUCAACCCAUUAUAUCAGUUUUCAUUGAAGGCUUUCAACACUGUUUUUCAUAAAGCAAUUGAGCAAGCAGAGGCAUCAGAGGAUAUCCAGGAGCGUAUCUCCAACCUGACAGAAGCUAUUACAUAUUUCACUUUCCUCUAUGUAGGCCAGGGACUCUUUGAAAAAGACAAGCUGAUCUUUCUAAUCCAGACAACCUUUCAGAUUCUGCUGAGAAAUAAAGAGAUAGAACUCACUGAAUUGAACUUCUUGCUGCGAUUCACAGUUGAACACACUUAUAAAAGCCCUGUGGACUUUGCAACUACUCAGUCAUGGAGUGCCAUUCGGGCCAUUGCCCUAAUGGAUGAAUUCCGAGGAUUAGAUAGAGAUAUAGAAGGUUCUGCUAAGAGAUGGAAAAAAUGGGUUGAUGCAGAAUGCCCAGAAAAGGAGAAGCUUCCUCAGGAGUGGAAAAGCAAAAGUUCUUUUCAGAAGCUAAUUAUACUAAGAGCUUUACGCCCAGAUCGGAUGACCUACGCCCUCAGGAAUUUUGUGGAAGAAAAACUAGGCCCUAAAUAUGUAGCUGGAACUAGAAUAGACAUGGCUAAAUCCUAUGAAGAAAGCAGUCCAGCCACUGCAGUAUUUUUCAUUCUCUCUCCUGGAGUUGACCCUCUUAAAGACUUGGAGACACUUGGCAAAAAACUUGGCCUCACCAUCGACUCUGGAAAAUUUCACAAUAUCUCUUUAGGACAAGGACAAGAGAUUGUUGCAGAGGAGGCAUUAAAGAAAGCUGCCAAGUACGGGCACUGGGUUAUUCUCCAAAAUAUACACCUUGUAGUCAAAUGGUUGGGGACUUUAGAAAAACUGCUGGAGGAAUACGGCAAACACAGUCACCCAGGCUUCCGUGUCUUUAUUAGUGCUGAACCAGCUCCAACUCCCGAAGAACAUGUCAUACCUCAAGGAAUAUUAGAAAACUCCAUUAAAAUUAUUAAUGAACCUCCAACUGGAAUGCUAACAAACCUUCAUGCUGCUCUGUACAAUUUUGACCAGGAUACACUUGAAUUAUGUACCAGGGAACAGGAGUUCAAAAGUAUCUUCUUUUCCCUCUGCUACUUUCACACCUGUGUUGCUGGAAGACGCAAGUUUGGACCUCAAGGAUGGAAUCGAAGAUAUCCUUUCAACAUGGGAGAUCUCACCAUCUGUGUCAAUGUCCUCUACAACUAUUUAGAGGCGAACACUAAAGUUCCAUGGGAAGACUUGCGCUAUCUCUUUGGUGAGAUAAUGUAUGGUGGACACAUCACUGAUGACUGGGACCGCAGGCUCUGUCAGACAUAUUUAGAAGAAUUCAUGAGCCCUUCCCUGCUUGAAGGAGAUUUUAGUUUGGCUCAAGGCUUCUUGGCGCCUCCCAACUUGGAUUACACAGGAUACCACAAGUACAUAGAUGAAAUGCUGCCCGCUGAAAGCCCUGUGCUCUAUGGUCUCCAUCCUAAUGCCGAGAUAGAUUUCUUGACUAUACUAACAGAUAACCUUUUCAAGGCUAUCUUGGAAAUACAACCCAGGAACAUGCUUGCGGGAGAGGUAGUAGGACAGUCAGCAGAAGAAAAAGUGAAGAAUGUCCUGGAUGAGAUUUUGGAGAAGUUGCCGGAGGAGUAUAACAUGAUUGACAUAAUGCAGAAGUCUGCUGCUCGAACCCCCUAUAUACUUGUCUGUUUCCAAGAAUGUGAGAGGAUGAACAUUCUUGUUCGAGAGAUAUGGAGGUCACUUAAACAACUAGACCUCGGUCUGAAAGGGGAACUUACAUUUUCUCCUGCCAUGGAAGCUCUGCAGUCAGCCCUGUUUUUUGAUGUGGUGCCAGACACUUGGUGCAAACUGGCUUACCCUUCCACAUACAGCCUUCCGCAAUGGUUUAAUGAUCUCCUUCUGCGAUGCAGAGAACUUGACACUUGGACACAAGAUCUUGUGCUUCCUGCAGUAGUGUGGCUUUCUGGCUUCUUCAACCCUCAGUCCUUUUUGACUGCCAUUAUGCAAAGCACGGCACGAAGGAGCAACUGGUCUCUGGACAAGAUGUGCCUAACAGCAGAUGUUACCAAAAAGAGUAGAGAUGAUUAUGGUCACCCACCAAGGGAAGGAGCAUAUAUUUUUGGACUUUUUAUGGAAGGAGCAAGAUGGGAUAUCCAAACAGGAGCCAUCGCUGAAGCACGUCUGAAGGACCUGACUUCCAUCAUGCCAGUAAUCUUUGUAAGAGCAAUUCCAGUGGACAGGCAAGAAACCAAGCACAUUUAUAAAUGCCCAGUAUAUAAAACUAAAAAUAGAGGGCCCACUUAUGUAUGGACUUUUAACCUGAAAACCAAAGAAAAACCAGCCAAGUGGGUGCUUGCAGGAGUAGCCUUGCUCCUAGCAGUUUAGCACUUUAGCACAUCUCUUAUCAAUCCCAGCCUUCGCAGUGCAAGGCAUACUAGGAGAGCUCUGCUCCCAUUUAACCAUAACAUAGACAUUAUGUCAAAAUGUUCCAUCUUAGUAUUAUAAAAAGUCCUCAGGAUGCUGUAGUUCUGGGGGACGGGGGAGCCAUGCAUCUCUAAUGCAAAAUACAAAAAUACAUAAGCAGCUGCCUUUAAAAGUCCAAACUAGAUAAGUAUUUAUGGUAUUCAACUCUGUAUGUAACUUCUAUCUCAAAAAUAGCCCAAAGCAACAUUUUUUUCUUUUAAAUGUAGGUGUCUUGAAAAAUGUUUCUCUUGCUCAUUAUAGCAUCAGCAUUUUAAAAUAUCAAAAUAAAGCUUAAUUUAAAUACUCCAGUGUAUAAAGUAAUCUUAUUACCCCUGCUAACUAGCUGCAACAGCCAAUACGUUGCAUAUGGGAAUCAGAUUCGCCACAGCAUGAGUAACGUGCCCAGCCUCUGGUCUCUUGGCCACUGUAGGUUUGUUUCAGAUUCUGAGGCUGCUUCAUAAACAGUACAUUAACACAGAUGUGAAGCUUCCAGUUUAUGUAACAUCAGAAUAUUUGGACACAGUUCAGUUUUGCUGUCAAGGCACAUGAUAUUUACAGUCAACUGAACUACUCAAAAUGUUGGCAGUGGUCAAAUCACGUGUAAGGAUUUCUGUGCACUGUACAAUGGAAGAGAUGGUUAGUGCUGUGAAGAAGGCAGAAUAAGACUGCAGAAUAAGUCUGCAAGUCAGGGAAGUAAGCACAAAAAGUACCAACAAAAAUUCCUGUUACACUAUUUUAAUUUAAAUAUAAUUUUGGUGGGAUUUUGUUUAAUUCAGAUGCCAGAAGAGAAAAUUGCUGGGGUUAAGGAAGAAUGUAACCUGUAGGAUGCUGGGACAAUGAAAUUCUCUCAGUGCUAAUAAAAUACUACUCCAAGUGUUAAAUUUGUAAAAUCUAAGACAUUGGUUUAAAAUAUUUCUAAAGCAAUUGAGAGUAGCUCUUUGAUACUCUGCAGUUCUGUUGAAAAUCAGCUAUUCACAGCUGGUCUCUGUUCCUAAGCAGCACAGUCCAGUACAGGCUCUGCUGAAAUGAAUGGAAGCCAUAUUAAACUCCAUUCAUUUUUGUCAAGAGCUUCACAGAAAUAAAUUCCCAGUGUAUUGUGGCAAAAUGAAUGUAUAACAUGUAGAUUCCUUUUAACCAAUGUUUUCCUGAAAAAUAC